GGCAUUGAAACUGAUCUGAUGAACAUCAACACCAAGGCUAAGGUCAGCGGCCAUCUCCCUGAUAAUGGUGGUCUUGAGAAAUCUCUUGGUGGCGCAGAAAUCAUUGUCGUGACUGCUGGUAUCACCCGCAAGCCCGGUAUGACGAGAGGUGGAGGACAACGCUGUGAUAUGCCAAUUUUCCCCCAGACUAACGCCAGCAUCAUCCGUGACAUCUCCGAAGUUGCUGCGACUUGCCCUAAUGCGACCUCUUGCGUGGUGACCAAUCCCGUUAACUCGACCAUCCCCGUUGCGGCCGAGGCUAUGAAGAAGGCUGGUGUAUUAGACCCCACGUGGUGUUAUGAGCCUCGACGUUGUGCGUGCCUCUACAUGCGUUGCGCAAGCUCUCGGUGGGAGUUGGUCCCGGUUAUUGGCGGCCACAGCAGAGCCACCAUUCUCUCUCUAUAUAGCCAAGCUCAGCAUACUGUCAAGACUGAAUUGGGAGAAACCGGGGCCAUCAAAAAGUGUUCCCUAUUGGUGACUAGUCAGAAAAUGAGACGAAACUGCUUGAGGUUGAUCUAAGUGACCUUAAGACGAACAUUGCCAGUGGCGUUUCUUUUAUAUCCGCCUGAAUUACAUUGAGAACGCAGAUAGAAUUAUAUAGCACGCGCAGUCAACAUGUUGAGCAGGAGUCAAGUGACUACCUUCCUCUUUCGGCCUGCUCAUGUUCUGUAGCUGGUUUCCCAUACAGAUAGCCUCUCUCUCUCCGACUGCGCUCACUGACAGCUAUCUCUUCGUUUUCACGACACCAUACACUUGAGCUGUGUUCUCUAUCCUGGCAUACGAUGACCAGCACAUCAUAAUUGUUUUCUCUUUUUUUUUGUCAACUGAACUUCGAUUAUGGGUAUAU